CUUACAGAUAAUCAAAACUCAUCAUUAUUUUUAUCUUCUUCACUUGAUACUGCACUUCUUAAUCAAAGACUUGAAAUCCGCGAAAAUUCUGUUGAAACCUUAAUUGAGGAAUCUGAUACAGAAAAUAAUACUAUAGAAAAAUCAGUUUCAUCUUUACAGUCAACAACAGUAUUAUCUAAGCAAAAGCGAAAAUCAAGUACAAGUUGG